AUGGCAGCGGGGGGCGGGCGGUGCUUGCUCGCCGUGGCGCUCGCCGCCGCUUGGAUCUCCGGCUCGGCGGCCGCAGCCUCGUCGUCGGCUGAGCAGGCAGGUGGAAGCCACAAAUCCAUCAAAUGCAUGCCCUGCUCUAGGCCGUACAUUGGUGAUGCAUAUCUCCACGACACCAUGACGGGCCAGCUUGCUCAGCGUCGUGACCUAGUGGAAAUGUCUGAUUCUGGUGAAUUGUGCAAAGGACUUGCUGAUGAUGUUGAAGUGCCUGUGCUCUCAAAAUUGCGCCGGCAACUGGUUGGUGAAGGUUCUCACCGCCGUUUAGUCUACUCUAUGGAUUUUGGUGCCUGUGAAGGUGCUAUGAUUAAUUUCCUUGAUGGCUAUGAUGCCCAUCUGGUGAUAUUUGAAAAACUCCCGGACGGAGUGUUCGCUGACCCAUUUGAGCUACAACAUUUUGUUGAGCGCAAAGUUUUUGUUGAUGUUGCUGUUUUUGGAGACACCAAUCUUGAACUUCCCACAGCUCUAUCCAAUCGGUCAUCUGUCGAGAUUCAUUUUGAUCUCAGGCUAAUCAUUUCAACCAACUGUAGCCUUGUAAUAGACAUGCCUCUCCAUGCUAGAUACCCGCCUCUUGAUGCGAGUGGCUAUGCCACGGUGGAGUUUGGUAACCCAGAUCUGCUCCUCCGCUACAGAAAAAAGGAAAUCCAUUCUGAUUCCUGUCUUUGGGUGACUAAGAAUCUCAAAGCUGCACCCCUGGAGAAAGCUACAUGGCGCAUACCCUGUGGAGAUGAGGCCCACAUAGGAUUUGUAUCUAGCAUCACGUUUCUUUCAGCUCUUGUUUGUUCCAUGUCCAUUGUGCUAGCUGCUCUAAUUUUUUGA